GAAAAAAAAAAGAAAACGGGUUCGAAAUUGGUUUCAUUACUUGGCUCUGAUCAUUUGGUUUAGGGAAAGUAAGGCAAAUAACAAAUUAUAAAACAUCCUCAACUAGACUUUAACAACGACAAAAGAAAAUAUAAUAAUUAGGACCAAACAAAUUUAAAAAAAAAAAAUAAAUAAAUAAAUAAAUAAAAAAUUUAAUAUUCGGGUAAAAAAAUUAAUUAGGUCAAAGUGUGCCCUGGUGGUCGAGACGGUGGUUGCUAAGGGUUGGCUCGUGGAACCGAGCUUCCGUCUGUACUGAGGAUACAGACAUGUUUUUCUGAUCUGUGCGUGGUCCACACGUGGGGGACUGAGUAUAAAAGACGGCUUCUGAAAGAGGGAGUGCGUUUGCAGAGUGAAGUGUUUUCAAGAGACGAGGGCCCCGGGCCUAGAGGGGCCUAACGUUGAGGAAGUACUUCGUGAAAGACUCUGUCGCCAGAUCGGGUUGGUUCCCUUUUUACGGAGACGUCCGAUAAAAAGGCAUUUUGGGAAGGUUCCGGCCGGAACACAUAAAAAUCUAAGGCAGAAAACCGCCGGGACUCUGAAAGAUGGGUUCGGGGCAAUCUAAGUCUCCACCACCAGACUGCAGCAUUACAAAAUUAAUGAGACGUAAAUAUGGUGAUGAGUGCGUGUCAUGUCUUCACGACUGGACAAAACUUUAUGGGUUUCAAGAGGGUGGAUCACUCAGUGUGAAGGACAUACGUGCUUUAAAAGAAAAAUUAGAAGAAAAGGAGAAACAGCUCCGUAAAAGCAAAACAAUUAAAGUUAAAACUUUAGAGGAAAUUGAAUUAAAUAAUAGAUGCCUUGAAAUAUGGGUUAAAGAAUCCGAACGCAGGGAAAGAUUAAAAUGCCAAAAAGAACUAGGAGGGAGAAAGGAUGAGAGUGGUGACGUAGCUGGCAGAAAAGAUAACAACUCUGUGGAAGCUUGCACACCGCCACCAUACACACAUACACACACACAACAUGAUGAGAAACAGAGCGCUCCCACUGUUUCUGCUUUGUAUCCUUUUGCAGAGCUGAGCGCGAUCAAGGUGAAUCCCGACCUGGACUCCUUCUACGUCAGCAGGAGGGCCGGGCAGGGUGGACAGCAGGACCAACAGCCUGACCAACAACAACAGCCUGAUCCACAGCAACAGCCUGCCCCAUAUCAGCCUGCCCCAUAUCAACAGCCUGGCCCACACCAACAGCCUGGCCAACCUCUGUUAUCAGGAGCUGCAACAUCAGCUGCAGAGCAGUCAGAGCAUGUGGAGGACAGUGUAAAUGCCACACCAACUCCUGGAACGGAGGCACGGAUGUUCUGGACCGAUUCACCUGUCGGCUUCAUUCCUACAUCAUCCACUGCCACAGGCUCUGCCCAUGCACCAACUGCCACUACGAGUGCUGCCUCUGCAACUACCAGCGUUCGUACCCUGAGGAGCAACACACCAGUAGCUCCAGAAAUCAGCUUGCCCAUGGUGGAAGUGGCCGGCCCUGAAGGAAGCAUGUUAGUGCACAGACCAUGGACUAGCGCUGACAUAGCUGACUUUGCUCAAAAUCUCCCAGACAUCACUGUAUCAGGAAAGACAUUCGGUGCCAACCUUCUGGCUUUCUGCCAGGAGUACAGACCCACUGGAGCUGAGAUCCGUCGCAUCCUGGCCAAGCGUCUUUCAGCCUGUGAAUAUCAAAAACUGACUGGACAAUUGCCUGAUGUGACACUUGCUCUCAAACACAAAGACUGGACAAACAACUUAAAUGAUGGAUUCGUUGCCGCAGUGAGGACGCUUGUCACCCACCUCGAAACUGCGUUCCCCGAUAAAGUCUGUAUGAUUAAAGUCACCACAUGCAAACAACAACCAGAGGAAUCAGUUGAUGACUUUGUUCACCGCCUCACCACUGCAUACAACACGCACGGAGGAGGUCACCCUCCCCCGGAAGGAGUGGGAGGACUUAUCUGUUCAACAUACGAGAGUCACCUGUGUGAACUGGUGAUGAAAGGCUUACUCCCUGAAGUUUUUGACGCCGUGAAGCAGUCAUACAUCGGAUGGAAAGAAGAAGCGCGUCUGUCUGACCUCACAAGACACGCACGCCAUGCUUAUGACACUCUUCAGCAAAGAAAGAUGGCGAAGAAGGAAAAACAACAGAGCGAACUGUAUCUGCCAUCCUUGGAGAUGUUCUCUGCAAUGCAUAACAACGGCAGAGGCAUGGGAGGCAGGCCCCGCGGGCGCGGGAGGGGGAGAGACCCCAGACGGGACUGGCCCAACAGAGACGUCAGAGCCACAUUUGGAAAUCCAGGGAAUAUUUGCCAUUAUUGCGGCGAACCAGGACACUGGAAGAAGAACUGCCCUUUGCUACGCCAGCACCCACCCUCCCGGGCACUCUCGUCAGACUGACUAGAGGAGGAGCCCAGCGAAGGUUUCCGUUCACAUGAUGACGUAGACGGUGAAAGCGGCUCUGCCCAAACAGGCGACAGAACCACUGCACAUCAUUCAACCAGGAGACUGGGUGAUCAUUAAGGAGCUUCGCAGGAAGCACUGGAACUCAAAGCGGUGGCAAGGUCCCUUCCAGUCCUUCUGACGACCAACACGGCUGUGAAGAUCGCAGAAAGAGCGACUUGGAUCCACUCCAGCCACUGCAGGAAGGUCCCGGAUCCAACAGACGACCCUCCAUCUCCAUCUACACCACACGAGAAAACCACCACUGACGAAAAGAAUUGAGAAGGACGACCCUCGCUGUGCUCACACACGCACUGAGGCGAGGCUGCGUUGACCGUUCAGCUGAAGGUGCGAGCCAAGCGCCGCCUGAAGCUGCGCCGGUGAAUCACACUAUCAGACCAUACAUCUACACACACGCUCCUGAGAAAACACACACACGAGCAGCCCUUGAGUUGCCGACGCUGGACGACGUGUAGACUCUUCACAUCACGGGGAGUGACAGUGACUCAGACGACAUUGGGAGGAAACCUGGCGGUGAUAACGAAUCCCAAGUGUCUCUGUGAUCAGCUGAUCACAACCUGAAGAACCCCAACGAACUGUCAAGGGUGUCAACACACAGGUUGGAAACAAUCUAACACCACUGUUCAACAGGAAGAAGAAGACAUUGAAUGUGAUCCUGUUGUUUUAAUCUUUACUUUA